CAGUUCACAAUUAUGUAGUGCAACAUUUCCCAUUGAUCUUUAUGCAUUUCCCAUAUCCCAUUUUCUAGUAGUUAAUUGAUCACACAUGACUUCUUUCAGCUCAGAUCAUCAUGAAAAUUCAGAGAUUUUGGUACGAAAGAAUAAUCAAUUCGUGACGACGUUGACACUCAACAGACCUCGAAAACUGAAUGCCCUCUCAGUUUCUAUGCUCUCGAGGCUGUUUGAAUUGUUCCUCCGCUACGAGCACAAUCCCUAUGUCAAGUUGGUCAUUCUCAAAGCUAACGGUAAGGCAUUUUCACCGGGGGGCGAUGUUGCGUCUGUAGCUCAUGAUCUCUACAAUGGCAAUUUGAGAGCAGGUCUCAAAUUGUUCAAAACUGCAUACACCCUAAUGUAUUUCCUAGCAACAAAAACUACACCCCAGGUUUCAUUUCUUAAUGGAAUCACUAUGGGGAGCGGGGCAGGUGUUUCUAUACACGGUAGCUUUUGUGUAGCAACGGAGAAGACAAUAUUUGCUAUGCCGGAAACAGCUAUUGGAUGGUUUCCUGAUGUUGGUUCAUCUUACUACCUUUCAAGACUUCCUGGAUUCUUUGGAGAGUAUCUUGGUCUUACAGGUGCUAGAUUGGAUGGUUCUGAAAUGCUUGCUUUGGGUCUAACAACUCACUUUGUUCCCUCAUCUAAAACGGCUUUACUAGAAGAAGCCCUAGUAAGCAAACUAAGCGCUUCUUCACCUAGUACAAGCUCAACUGAUGAUUAUGCUAUUAUUUCAGCUGUUCUAGAUGAACACUCUGAGCAACCAGCUCUAAAAGCGAAGAGUGCUUGCCACUAUGUGGAUGUUAUUGACAAGUGCUUUUCUCAAUCAACAGUGGAAGAAAUAUUAAGUAGCCUAGAGAGGGAGCUUGCUACCUUAAUCAACAUAACUCAUCACCAUGAAUGGUUAUCGUCAGCAAUUCAGUCACUGAGACAGGCAUCACCAACAAGUUUGAAGAUUACUUUGAGAUUGAUUCGGGGAGGAAGGCAGCUACAAGGAGUUGGUGAGUGCAUUGUUCAUGAAUAUAGGAUUGCUUGUCAUGUUUUUCAUGGUGAAAUUAGCAAUGACUUCAUGGAGGGUUGCAGAGCUAUGCUGUUGGACAAAGGUAAGAACCCAAAGUGGAAGCCUUCUAAUUUGGAGCUUGUCACGGACCAGAUGGUUGAGGACUACUUCUCUAGGUUGGAUGAUGAAGAAGAAUUGAAGCUCGCUCAAACAUUCAAUUUGCCUGUCACUAUCAUUUCAAAGAUUUGAGAAUUAUCAGUAAACUCUUCAAAAGCCAGCAACUACUAUAGUAAAGAAAGAAUAAACUUGGCCGGAAAGAUGUGGAACAUUCUGGUUAUGUUGAAAUGCAUAGAACCAUUCAUAAUGUAGACAACCUGAUCGAGUUGGGAUCACUAAAUAAUUGCUAGUUCAUCUUGUACUCCUAUAUAAUAUACUAGAAAAUAUCUCCUUGCUAAUAAUACUUAUGCCUACAUUGAUUCA